CUACCUCUGUUGACAGCUGAGGCUGGUCUGAGGAGGGAACAAGCAGUCGCCACUCUUUAAAAUGCUUCACCUUUUUAAUGUGACGACCUUCAGACCGUAAACCAAGGAUAUUGUGUUUAAUUUUGGCUGUUUGGCUUUUUUUUCCCCAAACGUCCUCAAGUCAACAAAGGGAUGAGCCCUAUCAAGAAGAAAGACACUGCCAGUGGCUUGAUCACCUUCCACACACCAUUUCCUGUCAGCCUGUUGAAACCAGAGGAGUGCACGGCAGGUGUGAAGGAUGCCACAGGGGCCAGAAAGUGGCCAUCUCAGCCGAGUGUGAUGCCGAGGAGCAGCAGUGGACGUGUAAGAGCAGGGAAAAGGGAUGAAGCCUCGCCCUCUGGAUCACAACCCGGUGCCGAACAGGACUGGCUCUCUCACACCUCCCUAAGACAUCUGCAGACAAAGAUGGAGGCGGAAAAUCAACAGGCAAGAGAGAUAAUCAAACCUUUACUGGACACAGAAAAUGGUUUUGUGAAGGAGUUGGAGAGGUUUCUGAGCCAAAGAGAUGUCACACAGCUGAGGAGGAGGGAGCUGCUGCACAAGCGCUGGACUGAGCGUGUAUGGUUUCCCCUCCAGAGGAGAGUGGAGGAACAUGUGUCCAGCUGUAGCACUUUGGAGGUCAAGAGGCGCCAGAGCUUGUAUAGUCGCUAUCUCCAACACUGCAACACCAAGGGUUUUGUGUUUCUAGAAACUUAUGAUCUAAAGGAGUACAAUCCCUUUCUUCUCAACAUCAAAAAGCCACAAUACUUCAAGCUCAACACAGCUGACUUAAAGGACUCAUUACACCUUCAGUUACAUCAAAGACGGGAGGAAAAGAGAACAGCUCGUUCUUGUGAAGCAGGAUGUAAAUACACAGGGAGACAAGCAAAGAAGCUACCUCACAGUGAUCGUCCUCUCAGUGAGUCCGUGACACCUCAGGCCAGCACACCUCAACAGGCCUCAUCCUCAUCCGGAAAAACUCCAGUGGUGGAUGAGGCUGAAAGAAGGAAGUUCAGCAGGCUUGAUUCGAUACCAUACCACAUAAGUGCAACUGCCACACCAGAUGGAAGGUGCCAUCAGACCAGCUGCUGUUUCUCCACAAGUGGAAGUUUACAGCAACUUCAGUCCUUUCCUACGUUCAAAUAAAAUCUUUGUUUAACACAC